UGCUGGAACACUCAUUGAGGAGUAGAGGGAGGGAGUGUGUUGCAUGUUAUAGAGGUUGAGGUGUGAGCUCUGACAGGAGAAGGGUUAGCAGGCUCAGAAGCAGACUGAGUGGUGGUGACUGACUGAUUCACUCUGUCAUUUUCCAUUUUCCGCUUAUUCAGAGAGUCUUACGGUAUAGUGAGUGCAAACAUUUUCAUACUGUCUGCUGUAUGUUGCAAUUCUCUGUUUGGAGGGAAUGGGACUGACUACCACUACAGCCGAGUGAGGACUCUUCCAGACACACUGUCCAGAGGAGCAUGAUGACUACUUUCCCCAAUGAGACAGAGGAGACAGGCUUCUCCUCCCUCUCUCCUUCAUACCCCCCCUCCCCCUCCCUCACACCGUCCAUCUCCCUCACCUCCAACCCUUCCUCUUCCUUCGCCUUCUCCCUCUCCACCUCCUCCUCCUCUCUGUCCAACUGCUCCAGCUCUCCAUCGCCCUCCCCUCCCUAUAACUUCUACGCUGUGCUGCUGGUGCUGCUUAUCUUCUGCGUGGUGUUUGGAAACAUGCUAGUUUGUGUGGCGGUGUCGCGAGAGCGCGCCCUCCAGACCACCACCAACUACCUCAUCGUCUCCCUGGCUGUGUCUGACCUGCUGCUGGCCACCCUGGUCAUGCCCUGGGGCGUCUACCUGGAGGUGGUAGGGGAGUGGCGCUUCAGUCUCAUCCACUGUGACAUUCUCCUGACCCUGGACGUCAUGAUGUGUACUGCCAGCAUCCUCAACCUCUGUGCCAUCAGCAUCGACAGGUACACGGCGGUGGCGAUGCCCAUGCUGUAUAACACCAGAUACAGCUCCAGGAGGAGGGUGGCUCUGAUGAUUGCUGUCGUGUGGUUCCUCUCCUUCGCAAUCUCCUGCCCUCUGCUGUUUGGACUCAACAACACAGCCAGUCGGGAGGAGACCAAGUGUGCCUUCGCUGAUCCGUCCUUCGUGGUCUACUCAUCCGUGGCCUCCUUCUACGUUCCGUUCAUUGUGACCCUGCUGGUGUACGCCCAAAUCUGUGUGGUGCUGCGGAGGCGGGGCCGACGCACUGUGCCCCGUAGACACGGCCUGCACCCACAGGGAGGAGGCAAGACGGGGGAGGGCCACAGGCACAGGAAGAAUAAGUGUACCCACCCUGAGGAUGUGAAUCUGUGCACUCUGAUCAUGAGGCCCCCCACCAGCGCCCCCCAACGCAAGAAAGUGACGUUAGUGAAGGAGGCGGUGGUGCACCCCCUGGAUGAGGAACCUGUGGGGCGUGGUUUCCUGUCCCAGUUAGACCAGAGCCUCCCCCCACCUCACCCCCCUCCCGCCUCCGGACGAGCCACCAAGGUCUCUCUUUCCAUCUCGGUGGCGCCCGCGCCCUUCCUGGCCCUGUCCCCUUCGGUGGCACCACGCUCCGCCCUCGUACCCCGCCGUGCCACCUUCGAGGACGGCGUGAGUGGCCGCGAGCGAUGGAGGGAGCGAAAUGCAGACAGGGAGAAGGGAGCGAAGGAGAGGGUGAAAGGGACUCUGUCGCAGCAGAAGGAGAGGAAGGCGACCCAGAUGCUGGCUAUCGUGCUGGGUGUGUUCAUCAUCUGCUGGCUACCCUUCUUCCUGACCCACGUGCUGAAGGCCCACUGUGCCAGCUGCUGUAUCUCCCCCUUCCUGUAUAGUGCCGUCACCUGGCUGGGCUACCUCAACAGUGCCGUCAACCCCGUCAUCUACACCACCUUCAACAUCGAGUUCCGUAAGGCCUUCAUCAAGAUCCUAAACUGCUGAGUACAGGGAGGAAGAAGAGGAGGGGGGAGAGUGUUUGAGUAGUGGAGAGAGGCAAAAAAAAGGUCAUAGACUAGAAAUGAAACUAAAGAAGUGAAAGAGAGUGGUGAAAACAAAGACAAGGAGGGAAUGGAAGGAGAGAUAGAGGGGGAUGUAGAGAGAGGCGACAGAGAAGAUAAAAAAAUAUAUAAUUUAAGAGGUCAAACAGAAGAGCAAGUGAAUCAAAUUUACAGAAAUACCAAAUCAAAAACAGCCUUGGGAAUUUUAAAGAGAUGUACACUUCUGUAAAUAUAAAACAUAACCGGGUGGAGAGAGAUAUUCUGAAGGUUCUAUGGGAAGAGAUGGGAUUCUCAUGGGGUAGGGCACAAUCAGUGGCAAAAGACUGUCCCACUACGUACGAGGAUGACUGACUCACAUAUGUCAAAGCGUCUGCAGACGUUGUCCUGUUUUUACUCUGAUACAGUUAUUUACAGUUUGUAAAUGACGUUACUUAAAUUACAGAGGUAAUCUUUUAAGGAGAUACACAAUCAAUCUGCACCAUCAAGCGCAAUUUUUCUCCAAUAGCAGUCUUGUUGUGUCGUCCCAGUGUAAACAAGCCUAUAAGAGAUGUAUUAUAUUAAGAACAUGAUGAUGUUGGUGAAGAUAUGAUGCCAUGGUGAUAUGAUGAGCGACUAAUCAAGGUUUGUUCAUGAAGUAUAUGUAUAUAUUGUUGUUUAGAGUUUGUUAAUGUGAGCUCUGCUCUAAAUAUCUGUAUUACUGUUAUUGUACAGAUACAUGUAAUAAAUUAUAUUCUACUCAUGUUGUUGCUAGUCUAUUUGAAGUUUGCUGUGGGUUAGGGUCAAGUCGAAUUGAAGUCAGUCAAUUCUGGAAAUAAAGAUAUUUUACAAUUGAAUAAUAACUUAGAGAAAAGUUGUAUUUUCAAUGACGACUUAUUCAGCUGAGGAGAAGCUAUUUCAAAAGUCUAGCCGUUUUUGUAUUUUAAAUUCAAAUCACUUCCUGAAUUGACUAAAUUCAAUUCCAAUUGACCCCAACCCUGCUGUACUGGUCAAACAAUAGACAGAAUUUGACUAAUUGGUUUUCAAAACUGAAUUUGCUCUCUAUGUUGAUCUUUGGCUCUUCUCACCACUUUAACCUAACCCCCUCUGGUGGUGAAGCAGUGUGGAUGCUCCCUAUGCUUGUCUGCCAACACCGAACGGUCUGCUACAGUAACGUGAGAGGUCAAACAAAUGCUGCUGAUGUGAGACAGAACUCACACACACAGUGAUAGUCGGUCAGUGUAAGUCAUGGUUAGGUCACUGACUGCGUUUGUGCGUGCCCCCCCCCAUUGAUAACUCCUAUCCCAUCAAUAAACAUACACAAACUGCCCCAUACAAAUCAUGUGUUUUUGUCAUACUGUAUGCAAACUAACCUAGGAAAUCAUAUAAAAAUGAGAAGCCCUUCAAAUACGAAUGGAUUUAUUGUAUAUUUAAAACAUAAGUAUGUUUGUUUUCAUUCAGUAUACUGUGUAUGUG